AUGGACGAUUCAGAGCUUGACCAGAUCCGCAAGGCUCGCCUCGAGCAGCUCAAGGCUCAGGGAGGCAGUAGCGGCGGUGGCGGCAGAGGAGGCGGUGGCCUCGGAAAACAGGAGCAGGCCGAGCAACGACAACAGCAGGAGAGUGAAGCGCGCCAGCAUAUUCUGGGUCAGAUUCUGCAUCCUGAAGCUGCGGACCGCCUUGGUCGUAUCCGUCUCGUCAAGGAACAGCGUGCCACCGAGGUCGAGAACCGCCUCAUCAUGCUGGCGCAAUCCGGGCAGCUCCAGUCCAAGGUGACCGAGGCGCAGCUCAAGGAGCUACUGAACGCCGUGGCCGACAAGCAAGAGGAGGAGAAGAUUGUGGUCAGCCGACGCAAGGGGUGGGACGAUGACGAUGACGACCUUUUCGACCUGUAG